GGCACCGAGAAUCCAGAGCUUAGGAUUGGGGCUGUGGUCAAACUUGGUCAAACUCAAAUCGGAGGGCAAUGGAUGUGAACGACGCCGACGACGAAGAGUUUGGGUUCUCCAGAAACUACUUUCUGGCGAAGGAGCUCGGUGGAUCCGCCGUGAAAUCCCACUCUAAGCUCUCCGAUAUCAACAUCGUCGACGAACAGGAACUGAGGGAAGCUUUAUCUAAUAUUGAACCCAAACAUGAGAAAGAGAUCGAGGAUUUGCUUAGCAGUUAUAAGAGUUUGUACCCCAGAUGGGCUUUUGAUCUCAGGUGUGGUCUUGGACUUCUCAUGUACGGGUUUGGGUCUAAAAAAACUUUGCUUGAAGAUUUCGCUUCAACAUCCCUGACUGAGUAUUCGGCAUUUGUUAUCAAUGGAUAUCUUCCAACAAUAAAUAUAAAGCAGGUUUUGACAUCCUUAGCUGAAGUUCUAUGGGAUCAAUUGAAAACCAGACGUAGGACUCCUUCGAAGAGCUCAUCCAAAGAUCAACAACCCUAUAGUUCUCGAUCUGUGGAGGAUCUUCUUGCAUUUUUGGAUGCGUCUGAGGAUAGGACAAGUGAAUUUCUUGUAUGUGUAAUCAUUCACAACAUUGAUGGACCUGGAUUAAGGGACUCUGAAACCCAACAGUAUCUUGCAAGAGUUGCUUCGUGUCCUAAUAUUCGUAUUGUGGCCUCUAUCGACCAUGUGAAUGCACCUCUUUUGUGGGACAAGAAGAUGGUUCACACUCAAUUCAACUGGUGCUGGUAUCAUGUUCCUACCUUUGCACCAUACAAGAUUGAAGGAACAUUCUUUCCCUUGAUUCUAGCUCAUGGCAAUACCACCCAAACGGCCAAAAAUGCUGUUAUAGUUUUACAGAGUUUGACACCCAAUGCCCAGGGGGUGUUCAAAAUUCUUGCAGAAUAUCAAAUAUCUCACUCUGAAGAAGAAGGGAUGCCAAUUGAUAAUCUGUUUGCAACCUGUCGAGAACGCUUCCUUGUUGGUAGCCGUCCUAUGCUCAACUCCCAUUUGACAGAAUUCAAAGAUCAUGAGUUGGUCAAGACCAGAAGGCAUUCUGAUGGCCAGGAUUGCUUGUACAUUCCUCUUACAAGUGAGGCACUUGAAAAAUUACUAGUGGAGAUGACUCAGUAA